UCAUCUGUCUUCUCCUCAGGUGACCAGGCAUUGAUGCACCCCCAGGAAGCCCACGCACUCAAGGAGGCUGUCCCCUCUGGCUGCUGCUCACAUGGUUUCUGGGCCCCUGGCACUCCGGUGGUACGCGUGGGCAGGGCGUGGGGAUAUGGGGCCCGACAUGGAGCUGCCCAGCCACUCAAAACAGCUCCUGCUGCAACUGAACCAACAGAGGACCAAGGGCUUCCUCUGUGAUGUUAUCAUCAUGGUGGAGAACUCCAUUUUCCGGGCCCACAAGAAUGUCUUGGCUGCUAGCAGCAUCUACUUCAAGUCCCUGGUUCUGCACGACAACCUCAUCAACCUGGACACAGAUAUGGUCAGCUCCACGGUGUUCCAGCAGAUCUUGGACUUCAUCUACACGGGCAAGCUGCUGCCCAGCGACCAGCCUGCUGAGCCUAACUUCAGCACUCUCCUCACUGCCGCUAGCUACCUCCAGCUGCCUGAGUUGGCAGCAUUCUGUCGCCGCAAACUCAAGCGGGCUGGUAAGCCCUUUAGCUCUGGACGGGUAGGAGCCACCAGCAUGGGGCGGCCGCCCCGCAGCCAGCGACUGUCCACAACCUCUGUCAUCCAGGCUCGGUAUCCAGGGCUCGUGGAUGGGCGAAAGGGGGCCCAUGCACCCCAGGAGCUUCCCCCAGCCAAAGGCUCAGAUGAUGAGCUGUUCCUUGGUGGCUCCACUCAGGAGAGCACGCACAGCUUGGGCCUGGGGGGCUGUAGCAGCAGCACCAAUGGGAGCAGUGGAGGCUGUGAGCAGGAGCUGGGCCUGGACCUUUCCAAGAAAAGCCCACCCCUGCCUACUACCACCCCUGGCCCCCACCUCACUCCUGAUGACCCAGCCCAGCUGAGUGAUAGCCAGCAUGGCUCACCUCCCUCAUCCUCUGCCCUGCCUGUUGCCAACAGUGCCUCUUACACUGAGCUGGGUGGCACCCCUGAUGGAUCAAUGGAUUUGGAUGGAGCUGAAGACAACCACCUUGGCUUGCUGGAGGGACCAGGCGGGCAGCCUCGGAAGAGCCUCCGGCACUUGGGUCGAAAGAAGGAAUGGAGCAAGAAGGAGCCCACGGCUGGUUCUCCCUUUGAGCGAAGAGAAGCUGGGCCCAAGGGCCCCUGCUCUGGAGAGGAGGGCGAGGGGCUUGGGGACAGGGUUCCUAAUGGCAUCUUGGCUGGCAACAUUGGUGGGGGUGGCUCCAAUGUGCCCUAUGGGGAACCCCCGUAUCCCUGCAAAGAAGAAGAGGAAAAUGGCAAGGACGGGAGUGAGGACAGUGGGCAAAGUGGAAGUGAGGGGGGCAGUGGCCAUACAGGUGCCCAUUACAUGUAUCGGCAGGAGGGCUAUGAGACGGUGUCAUAUGGUGACAACCUGUAUGUAUGCAUCCCCUGCGCCAAAGGUUUUCCCAGCUCUGAGCAGCUCAAUGCCCAUGUGGAGACGCACACAGAAGAAGAGUUGUUCAUCAAGGAGGAGGGAGCCUAUGAGACAGGAAGUGGGGGUGCUGAGGAAGAGGCUGAGGACCUGUCCGCGCCCAGUGCAGCGUAUGCAGCAGAGGCCCGGCCCUUCAAGUGCUCUGUCUGUGAGAAGACCUACAAGGACCCAGCCACUCUGCGGCAGCACGAGAAGACGCACUGGCUGACACGGCCCUUUCCCUGCAACAUCUGUGGCAAGAUGUUCACACAGCGUGGCACUAUGACACGCCACAUGCGGAGCCACUUGGGCCUGAAGCCCUUUGCCUGUGAUGAAUGUGGCAUGCGCUUCACCCGCCAGUACCGCCUCACUGAGCACAUGCGUGUACACUCAGGCGAGAAGCCUUAUGAGUGCCAGCUCUGCGGGGGCAAGUUCACCCAGCAGCGCAACCUGAUCAGCCACCUGCGCAUGCACACCUCCCCCUCCUAGAAGCCAAAGACCCGUGGGUACCCUCUCAGACUCACCAUCCGGGAACCCACAGAAAGAGAAGCAAGGCGGCAUGGUGGAAGGGACCGGAGCCCAAGGUCCAGCUGUAGGCUCCUGGUGGCCCUCUAGCCCAGCCUCCCCACACUCAGAGCUUUAAUCAACAGUCUGUACCAAGAGAAGCCAAGAGGAGAGAAGCCGGAAGACCCACCCCUGUGCAUGUGGUGCUGGUGACCAUUCUACCUCCCUGCCCCACCCAGGGUCCCAGCUCCCUGCAGGGGCAGCCGCAGAGCUGGUGGGAGUGGGUCACAUGGGUCUCACUGGGACCUGGUCCCUUUCCUGCAGGCUGGGUUGGAGAAGGGGAAGUGUGUAGGGGAUGUCCUCCUCCAUACUGGUGAGGGACAGGGCUGCCUGUGGCCAGGGGUGGUAACUGGAGCAGGGCCCUACCCGGCAGGGACCGUGUCUGUGUGCGUGCACGUGUGCUUGUGUCUGUGUGUGGGUGUGUGCAGCCCUAGCUCUGAGGAGCAAGUGUUGAGGGGACAGCUCCUUCCCUCUGCACUUGAGCCAGGGUGGCAUUGCUCACUGGCGCUGGGACAGUCAGGGUGAUCCCAUCGCCUACCUCUACAACUAAAGAGCCCUCUGGGCCUGUGUUGCUGUUAUUCCUACUGAUCUGUUUCUUUGUUGUUCCGUUUUGUUUGUUUUGUUUUUCUUUUUGAAUUUUAAAUUCUGUUUUUUAAACCAAAACAAACAAUAGUUUAUUUUCUUCCUGCCUCUUUGGGGCUGAGCCUGGGUCUGCAGACUGAAUGUAACCGGGGCAACUGCCUCUCCCUGUCAUUCCUCCAGCUCUGGCAGGUGCUGUGAGGUGCAGCAGUAAGCCCAUCUCUCCAGGCCCAGAAGCCCUUCUUGCCCAAAGGCUUCCGUGGUCCCCAGCCUUGCCUGGGCCACCUCAGGAGAGUGUGCUUUUCCUGUAGUUUCUGAGGAAUAUUCUUUGUCUAGAGGUACUUGUUUUUUUAUUGAGAAAGCCCCUUGUAACAUUUGUGGGACUGUUGGAACUGGAAGGUCUGGGGGGUGGGGGGAGGCUGGACUCAAUGCCAGGAUCGUUGGUACUCACGUAUUUCAUUUCUGUGUGUGUGUGUGGUAAGUGUGUGUGCUGUGUGUGUGGACAGAUGUUUCACUUUCCUUCCUUGCUGAAUAAGGUGGAGAGACUUCUGACCUUUUGCUACCUCUUGAAUUCACGGAAACAGUAUGUUGGUGAUGGGCAGUUGAGGCCUAGAUGCUUUUGUUUUCCUCUAGGGGGAGUGAGCCGGGCUCGGGCUGGCCUGAGCAUCCUCCUGGGUCAGUCACUGUCCUUGGGGCCCCCACUGCUCACUGAGUCCAGGUGAGAGUUGAGAGUCCCUGGUAUGGGGCAGGCUGUGGGGCAGGUACAGGGCAUCUGAGCAAGAGGAGCUGGAAGGAGGGAACAGGUCUCAGCAGUUCCCUGCCAGCGCCAGGAUGAGGUGGAAGUGAGCCCCCUCCCAUCCUGUCUCCUCACAUUGAGCUUUGAGGAGCUGACCAAAGCAUGGGGACUGAGUAUUGGCACCUCAGAGCAGGCCUGGCCUCAGCUACUCUGGUAAGAGCCUGGCUACCACUUAUGGGCUCAGUUUAUCUGGGGUCCCACUCUUGCCCCUGAACUAUGGCCUUCUUGGUCAGCUGCAGUACUCCAUGGGCCCUAGCUGGACUCCAGGCCAGACCAACAUUUCCAUGCUUGCCCCAACGUCCUUGGCCAACUGGAGUCACAGGGCUGGGCCAGCAGGCUUUAUCUUACUCAUUCUGUUUCAUGCUUUUCUUUCCUUUUUUCCUUUUGAUUUUUAAGUUCAGACCAAAAAAAUUCCAGAGUCAUCCCCUACCCCCAGCCCUCCAAAGACCGUCCAGCUGCAAACAGCCUGAGUUCAGGGACCUGAGCGGUGAAUGGUGUGUUUUUGGGAGUGAGGGGCUCUGGCCACAUGAGGGCUUCUGGCUGAGCCUGCCAUGUGGUGUCCCCAGCUGUUCCCCCUUACCUUUGGGUGGAAGACAAAGAACUGGACCCAAGGUCUCAAUUCCAGCUAGUCAGGCUGAGCACCUGACAGGAGACUCCUGGGCUCUACUCCACCCAGUGAGGGGGCAGGGCUGUCCUAGGGCCCCUGUUCUCUUAACCCCACCCCACCCAUCAGCACUUAAGCCACACGACACAAAGUCUGUACCGCACGGGAAUUGUGUAUACGCCUGGCUGUGUUCAUGGCCUCCUGGGCCGUGGGCAGCCACAUCUGUGAGGUGACUCAAAAAGUAGGUGAUUCCUCUGCAGAACUUCAGGGACUGGGAGCAAAGCCCCCUCACUCAACGACGUCUGUGCGACAUAGUAUUGUACCCACCUUAGUAUUGUAUCAAGCCUUUUCUGUAUUUUAAUGAGAAAGCAAAACACUAGUUUCCUAUUUAAAAGAUUUUAAGGGUUUACGGGGUGGGACAGGGUUGACACAGCAUUUGGUUUUGUUUUCCUUUUCCUUUGACUCCAUGUCUGGUGCGUGCUUGAGAGAGUGUGUGUGUACAGAUGUUAAGAGCCUCACAAGGAAAUUGGGCCGUAGAGGCCAAGGCGGCUUACAGUUCUCUGCUUUAGUCACUUAAUUCCUGAAUGUUUCGGAGAAACAGGAAACAGAAUAGCAGAUGUCAUAUAGGAAAGAAAAUAAAAACAACAACAAAAAGGAAAAAAAAAAAAAAAGAAAGCUCAUACCCAAAUUCACAAAACCUAUUUUUUAAACCAAAGCACAUUUUGAAUGAGUAUGAAACCUCAAUGGGCUCAGAAAAAAGAUACUAAUAUAUUUAUCUCAUUGUUUACAUAAACUUCUACAGUUUCAGACCUCAGCAGCUGUAAGGCCAGUCCCAGGGAAUCGUCACCUUCUGCUGGGGUGUUCUUCUGAGUUGGCCCUGGAACGACUCAUGGGCAGAGAGGUAGGCCUGGGGUCAGGAACAGGCUGGACGCCUCCCUGGACUCACCUGAGCCUUCAUCCCCAUUCCUGGGACCUCUCCGAGCCCAGCUGGCACCAAAGAGCUUGGGCUAGUGCUGACCAGCCCCUGUGGUCUCAUGGCUGGACCUCUGUGGUUCUGACCAAUUGUCACAGGGGGGCUGUCAGCUCUGGCCACAGGACCUGAGUCUGGGCUUGGGACCCAGGGUGGAAGUGAGCUCCCUUUGCUGCUCUGCCCAUGACUCUCCGGGGUGGGUUGAUGUAAGGGUCUCACUUAAGCCAAAAAGCCAGGACCUUUGCACAGCUUAGUCAACUCAGUGUGUUACUACCCCAGGCAGCAGAAGGGGCUGACUGGGCCUGGUCCUUACCAACACAGACGGUGCAAACACUCUUAACAGUGUUGUUUUUUGUAUCAAUAUGUUUGUGCAGUGAUGAAUGUAUUUAUUUCUCAGACCUGGGGCGAGUGAGCUGGUGUGUGGUAGGCCUGGCUCUGCCACUGCCCACCCCCGCCUGACUGAGCCAUGGCAAGGGCUCCUCCAGGAUUGCAAAAAAGGAAAAAAGAAAAGAACCUUUAAGCAAAUAAUCUCAGAGACUUGCAGCAUAGCCAUAUACCACAGCCUGUGAAAUGAACAAUCUGGACCCAGACUGACUCUCCAGAACUCAUUGAGUCAGGGGGGGAUGUUUCCCGUCCAUCACCACUGGGGAGACUGGGCCACUGGCCCACUGCCCCACAUCAGUAUUCACUGGACCUCAGGCCCCUGUGCAGGAGUGCGAUCUAGCUAGGCUGGUGGGCAGGCAGAUUCUUGCUUUCCUGUGGCUGUCCUGAGUAGGGGAAACCUGGGCAGCCAGGAGGGCAGGGUGCAGAGCUGGUGCUACUUCCAGUCCAUCCCCAGGCUUGGGGAGCAAAAGUUGAAGGCGCCAAACUGAGAAGGGCAGACAGAGUCCUCAGCCCUGCCAUGCCCCCUUCAAGGGACCAAGGUCCUUUUCAUCCCCUGAACCAUGUUGGGGCCGAUGUUACUGAACCUGUGAAUUGGAUGCCAGGAAUGAGGGGAUGGAGAGGGACCCGAGCAGAGCCUGAGUGUGACAUUCCAAACCAGGGAUGGGUGGGAUCUGUGGGAAUUGCUGCCCAGGAUCCCCUUCCUAGGAUGCCCCCAGCUUUAGUCACCCUCUUAAUUUUCUACCAGGGACCCCUCCCCCUACCUCACCUUGCUAUUUAUUGCUGUAAUUUAUUGACCUCAAAAAUGCUGCAUAACAGACCUCAUUUGGGACAGGGAGGGUCCCCAGGGCUCCCCCCUUCCACUUGGCAGGGCCCCGUGGGGCCAGGUGCUGAGGGGAGCCUCUCUGUAUCCUACUCAUCACUUGCUUCCCCCUGCCCCUCUGGGGGCCCCUGGUUGGGCACUGGCCCAUUUGCAAAUACCUCGAGGGGGAGGGGAAGGGAUGGGGUUAUAGCUGUUCUGUUUCAUUGGAACUGGAAGAGGGAUCAUGUCCUACUAUGCCCUUGGGGGGUGUACGCUGGGAUCGCACUCCUGUACUGGCCACUGCCAUUGUCAUUCAUAUUGAGUUCACCUCCCUUGAAAAUUUGGAUAAAUUCAGGUCGGAGCUGCAGGUACGCAGCCCUCCAGUGUCAUAGAAAAAUGAUUCACUGACGACUGAUCUCUCCAUUCAGAAGCGUGCAGUCUUAAUGUACAGUGAUGAGAAACUGUUAUUUUAUGAUCUUUUCAUUAAA